AUGGCUUCCAAGCAGAUGCUCGUCGUCGUCGCGGCCGUCCUCGCCAUCGCCUUCCUCCCGUCGCUCGCCGUCGGCACGGAGCAUUGGGUGGGCGACGAAAGCGGCUGGUCCCUCGGGUUCAACUACUCCGCUUGGGCCGAGACCAAGCGGUUCGAGGUCGGCGACACGCUAGUGUUCAAGUACACGAGCCCUAGCCACACGGUGGUGGAGGUCGGCGGCGUGGACUUCGCGGCGUGCAACAAGCCGGGUGACGCCACCAAGCUGGCCACCGGCGAGGACCGCGUCACGCUCGACACGGCGGGCCGUCGGUGGUUCGUCUGCGGCGUCGGCGAGCACUGCCAGAAGGGCAUGAAGCUCAAGAUCAGCGUCCUUGCGGCUGACGAAGGUACCGGGGUCGCACCUGCGCUUGCUCCAGGGUCUCCGUCGACGACGCCUCCGCCACCGGCGUCCAGCCCCGCGGCCAAGGUCCAGGCGCGCCUCGCGCUGGCCGUGAUCGCUGCGACCGCGGUGAUCGCGGCCAUGCUCGUGUUCUAA